AUGGACUUCAGAAAGAUAGCCAAUGACGUCUACACCUUCGCGCAGCAAGAGGGAUCUGAUUCGCUGCCAUCUUUGGUCAAGGAGGCCCUGGAGGUCAUCGACCAAUGCCUGGACACCCAUGGGCCAGACAAAGUCUCUUUGAGUUUUAAUGGUGGCAAGGACUGCACCGUUCUACUGCACCUGUACGCAGGCGCUCUUGCGCGCAGACUCAAAGACAACGAAACACUGAAACCUAUACACUCGAUAUAUAUUCCCGUGCCAUCACCUUUCCAAGUACUGGAAGACUUCAUCGAGGAGGCAGCCAAGCUCUACAACCUCGACCUAUUCUCCUCGAAACCAGACGCAGGCCAGGUCGAAAGUGUCGUCACACCAGCGCCACAACCCAACGGCACUGGUUACAUCGAAACACCCAAACCCGUAGGGAAAGCAAAGGGCGGCGCAGGAAUGCGCGAAGCGCUCGAGAUGUACAAGGAGAUGUUCCCCCACAUCACUGCAAUCCUCGUCGGCACGCGGAGAACGGAUCCACACGGAGCGAAAUUGUCGCAUCGAAACAUGACCGACCCAGGCUGGCCCGAAUUCGAACGUGUAAACCCCAUCAUCAACUGGUCAUACACCAACGUCUGGGAGUUCCUACGGCACUUCAAUGUGCCAUACUGCUCUUUAUACGAUGAAGGGUAUACCUCCUUAGGAUCUACAUUCAACACAUUCCCGAAUCCCGCACUCUUAGUCUCCCAGUCCCAACCUACGCCACCGACAGAUACACCACUAACAGCUUCCUCAAUCCUCACUCCACCACCAGCAUCUCCUCCCCCACCUGUCACCACAUCCGCUCCCUUGGAUUACUUACCCACGCCUGCGCAGAAUGGCGACGAAUCGCAGUCGUCUUCUCUUGUUUCUAGCAGUCCAUCGUUCUCCCCUCCCACGGCAACCACACCGGCUCUGUCCAACGGUUCGCUUUCCCCGGUAUCGUCAUCGUCCUCAUUUUUGUCUUUAUCAGGCGAGUCGACGCCAAAACCCCCGCCGCGCUAUCGUCCGGCGUAUGAAUUAAAAGACGGCAAUCUCGAGAGAUCAGGGCGUGGAACUAGUCUGCCGCAGAUCAAAGCGCAAUAG